GUUUCUAUAUAGUAGCGUGUGGGGUGAAAAUUGCUUCUUCCUUUUGAUUGGUUGAAAACAGAAAUUUUACUGCGGUUAAACUACGGGAUGUAGCAAUCAGCUGUAAAUUGUGUGAAAGCCUGAGAGUGUAGUCAAGUCUAGAGAUUCUGAUCUGUUGGAAGCAAAUAUGAGUUUUUCAAACGAAGCACACAAAAGCUACUUCAAAAUAUAUCCUUAUGAACCUAUGAACGAAGAACUUGACAGACUUUUUGGUAAUCCAACAUCUUCAGUCAAAGGAUUCCAUGCUGAUCAACCAGAAGUUCAUCAAACACACACGGUUAUACAGACUGCAGACUCCAUAGAGACCUAUCCACCAGGGUAUGACGUACACAAAAUUUCAUUUCCAACGAACAGAAAACUAGAAUGUGCAUUUUGUAAAAGAAACGGCGACAGAAAAUCAUUCACACAAUCGCAUGUGGUGCGAGACACUAUCACGGGGAUGGUGGUGUGUCCUGUGUUAAGAAAACAUCGAUGUGAGGUAUGUGGUGCUACGGGGGACAACGCUCACACUAGAAGUUACUGUCCUCGUGUCAUGUCCACUGGAAGAAAUUUAAUUUAUAACACUGUCGCUUUAAAGAAAACACCUAGAAAUAGCACUGGAAAGCGGAAAAAUUAAUCGUUUUCGUGAAUGACGUUCAAUAUAUAUCCUUUUUUUGUACUGUGCUGUAGUUUAGUUCAAUUAAGUUUGCUAUUUAGUAUUAACAUAUUAAUUCCACUUCUUUAAGUUCCUGUCACUAUUUAUUAAAAUAUUUACACCAAAACAGGUUGUAACAACAAUAACAGCUGUCUUGAGAAGCCCUUCUAAAACUCAGAAGAGUUAACUAGAUUAGUGGUUAGCUCUGUUACGUAUUAGAAUUAUUAUAUUACUCAAGAGGUAUCUCAACGGUACAGCAAUGAAAUAAGUUUUGUAUUUACAUCAGUAUACUCAACGUUUUACAUCAACAGAUGCAGUGGUAUAACUUUUAAAAUUCAUUUUAUGUGUGUAAAAUGUUUUAAAGCUCUUCACUUACUAUAAAUAACAUUAUGACAGAUGUUUGAAGAGCAGGAAACAACAUACGAGCAACAGAUUAUUCAUACUUUUUUUAUCAUACCUAACAUAUGUCCUCGAAUAAUAUUGCCUAUCCUUUAAAUAUCUAAAGAACUUGCGAUAUUCUUGGUAAAUUACAUUGCAAAUACCACUUAAACCGAACAAUUACCGUUACAAGAGUCCUAGUGGUUUGCCCUUCUCCUGGGUUACUGAUAGAAGCGAAAUUCGACAAAGUUGAUUUAACUCAUUGACGAAUGGGAUAUCCAACAGUUGAUUUAUCUCAUUGAUGAAUGGGAUAUCCAACAGUUGAUUUAUCUCACUAACGAGUGGUAUAUCCAACAAUUGAUUCAACUCAUUGACGAGUGGUAUAUCCAACAGUUGAUAUGACUUAUUCACGUGUGGUAUAUCCAACAGUUCAUUUAACUCACCGACGAGUGGUAUGUGUAAAAAAUGAUUCAACUCAGAGACAAGUGGUAUAUCCAACAAUAAACUGGACUUGAUACUUAUUUUCCUUCUCAGUGUGUUUGAUAUGAGUACGAUACUAGAGUUCAAGUUCUAUCGAUCUUUUCAGUAUACGGGUAUUUGUAAUACAGGGUAACCCAACAAGAGAUGCUCCACUGAUUUCUUAUGAGAGGAAUACAAUACACUAACGACACAAACGUGCAUUACUGAAGUGGGACACUUGGCUUGUAACAAUGUCAGUCAGUACACUUGGAUAGGGAGCCAUUCUAUAAGUACUUCGCCUAAAAACGAAAUGAAAUAUGGUCGUUCAAAAACUUCAGUGUAUUAUAAUAUUCUUGCCAUAAGAAAUCAGUGGGGACAUCCGAUGUAUCCUCAUUUGUGGAGUUAUGUUUAUAUUUGAUUCGCUUUCUACUGUUAUCAAUAAAGUAGAAUUUUGAAUUUUGGAGUGAAAAGUGUAUCAAUUCAUCUUUCAAAACUCACAAAGUGUUGAUAUAGAAAGAAAAAAUUCAUAUAAUGUUUUGUGUGUUCAUGGUUAGAAUAACGUUUUUGCCUUCACUGCAUCUUAAACAGCAGCAGUGAAGCUUAGCUGGGGAGCAAAAAUUAUAAUACAUUCUACU